AUGCGGUGCCUGGGCGAGGCAUGCGGCUGCGGGACCGUCGGGAGCUCUGGCGGGGGGCGGUGUUUUUCUGGCGGAGACGGUUUUGGCGGGGCGAUGAUGCAUCCCAGCCCGUUCGAGGUCAGGGACCGGGGCGGCUGGGGCCGGUGCCGCCCGGUGGAGGCGGGCGUCUUCCGCGAGGCGUUCAGCGACUUCGAGAGGAUGUGGGCGGACAAGUGGCACGGGAAGGACGACGCCCCGGAGCCGCUGAGCGCCGCCGAUCCCCGCGGCUCCAUCAUCGGCGCCUUGCUCAGGACGCUGACCAGCUUGACGAGCAUCGGCUCCCGCAUCAUGGGCAGCCCGCCCCAGGGCGGCGCCCACCUGCUGGGAACGCCGUCCUCCGGCCUGCAGACCACGGCCUCGUGGGAUGAUGACGAUCGGAGGGGUCUUUUCAGUGCCCAGAGCUGGAAGCGGCUGUUCAGCGGCAAGCCCAGCGGGCCUAAGUACACGAAGUCGGGGCCUUGCGAGCUGUUUGCGGACUGGCCAAUCCCCCCCUACCCGGAGGACUACGAAUGGGAUGACUGA